AUUUUUCUCCAACUUUUCCCCCCCAGUAUGCGGAAUCGUCUCGGUCUGCUUCUCGCUGCAGCUGUGACUUCUCAAUGGAGAUCAUUGUAGCGACAACACGUAGUUGGAGCUAGGGAGCUGAGCAGCACAGUUAUUGCAAUCACGUUGAACGCGCCGCUGUCUGUGGCAGUGGCAUCGUCCGGACUGAGAGAGAGAGAGAGAGAGAGAGAGAGAGAGAGAGCGAGAGAGAGCGAGAGAGAGAGAGAGACAUCAAACGACAAGUAGUGGUAAGGGGAGGUUUAUAAGAUGUUACAGCGCGGCUUUCUCAACACUUCAACUGUGGCAGUGCCUUUACAAUGUGUUGGAUUGGUUUUUGGAGCAUUGGCUAUGUGAUUGCGGGUUCCUUUUGAGUGCGUUCCAGAGAGGAAAAGGCUCCAAUUAUCAACUGCAGGUGUGAAGUAGACGUGUUCUGACACCUUGGCAACCAGCAAUCACAAUCCAUCCGUCUGUCUGCUGAAGGAUACACUUGCUCGUUAAACACCACCUGGAGUGUCUCUUCUGUUCAACCCCCCAGUUUACUCAGUGAAUGGUGGACAACGCUGGUGGAUGGUGGACAACGCUGGUGGAUGGUGGACAACGCUUCUUCUUGAGUCUUUUCCAGUAAAAUUUCAACAAACAAAUUGUAUCACAAAGAUGCGACUGAACUGUCCCCCCAUGUGGAGUGUGAUUAGCGUGUUGAUUGUGCUCGUACCCAUUUGGGAGAUGGGCUGCUCUGGCCUGACCUUGAACUCAGUGCCCCUGCAUCAGGUCAGGAUGUACCAAAGGAGCGGCGAAGAGGGGGCACACCACAGGCAGAGGCGCAGCUGGGUGUGGAAUCAGUUCUUUGUGCUGGAGGAGUACAUGGGGGACGAGCCACUCUACGUGGGCAAGCUGCACUCGGACGUGGACAAGGGUGAAGGGCAGGUGAAGUACGUACUCAAUGGAGAGGGAGCUACCUCCAUCUUCACCAUCGACGAGAACACGGGUGACAUCCACGCCACCAAGCGUCUGGACCGCGAGGAGCAGGCUUACUACACGCUCCGGGCUCAGGCCAGGCACCGCCACACUAACCUGCCCGUGGAGCCAGAGUCUGAGUUCGUCAUCAAGGUCCAGGAUAUUAAUGACAAUGAGCCCAAGUUCCUGGAUGGACCCUACUCAGCCAGGGUCCCCGAGAUGGCCCCAGUGGGCACAUCUGUGGUGACGGUGGUGGCGACAGAUGCAGACGACCCCACGUAUGGAAACAGUGCCAGGGUGGUCUACAGUAUCCUUGAGGGCCAGCCCUACUUCUCCGUGGAACCAAGAACAGGCGUGGUCAGGACGGCUCUGCCCAACAUGGACCGCGAGGCACGGGAACAGUAUCUGCUCGUCAUCCAGGCCAAGGACAUGGUGGGCCAGAUGGGAGGACUCUCCGGGACCACCUCUGUCACGGUGACGCUCACUGACGUCAACGACAACCCACCACACUUCUCUCGCAAAAGUUAUCAGUUCAGCGUGCCCGAGUCCCUGCCGGUGGCCACGACGGUAGCCAAGAUAAAGGCGCUAGACUCAGAUGUGGGUCCCAAUGCUGAGAUGGAGUACAGGAUCGUGGAUGGGGAUGGCCUGGGACUGUUCCGAAUCACCCCCGACCCAGACACACAGGAGGGCCUCAUCACUCUGCAAAAGGGCCUGGACUUUGAGACCAAGUCGAGCUACACCCUGCGUGUCGAGGCGUCCAAUAGAAACAUCGACCUGCGAUUCCUGUCCCUGGGGCCGUUUAGCGACACAGCGACAGUGCGCCUCAACGUGCAGAACGUGGACGAGCCGCCCGUCUUCUCCUCGCCGUUCAGCAAGAUGGUAAUCUCGGAGGAGGCAACGGUAGGAACCACCAUCGGGACCAUCUUCGCACACGACCCAGACUCCACCAACAGUCCCAUCAGAUACUCUAUAGACCGCAACACCGACUUGGAGCGUUUCUUCAACAUAGACGCCACCACCGGUGUCAUCAGCACCGCCAAGCCUCUGGACAGAGAAGUUAACGCCGUACACAACAUCACCAUCUUCGCCACGGAGAUCCUGGACCCAUUGCAAGUGGGAAAGGGUGUGGUUCUGAUCACAGUGACGGACAUCAAUGACAACGCGCCUGUCUUCGCCAUCGAGUACGAGACCUACCUUUGUGAGAGUGCCAGACCUGGACAGGUCAUUGAGACCAUCAGUGCUGUUGACCGAGACCAGCCUCAGAGUGGACACCGCUUCUUCUUCUCCUUGACCGCUGAGGCUGCUGGGAAUCUCAACUUCACCCUGAGAGACAACAAAGACAACACCGCUUCUGUGCUGACCAAGCGAGGGGGUUUCCAGCGCCGCCACCAGAACGUGUACCGCCUCCCCGUCCUCAUCAUGGACAAUGGGAGCCCCGCCCUCAGCAGCACCAACACUCUGUCCAUCCGGGUGUGCGACUGCGACCCUGAUGGGAUCCCCCAGUCAUGUGGGAGUGAGAACUCCAUGCUCUCAGCGGGCCUCAGCACCGGGGCCCUCAUUGCCAUCCUGGCCUGCAUCCUCACACUACUGGUGCUGGUCCUGUUGAUCGUCACCAUGCAACGACGGAGGAAGAAGGAACCCUUGAUCCUGGACGAGGAGCGUGAUGUGCGCGAGAACAUUGUGCGCUACGACGAUGAGGGCGGCGGCGAGGAGGACACCGAGGCCUUCGACAUGGUCGCUCUGCGCAACCUCAACGUAGUCCGCGAGAGCGGCAGCAAGAACCGCCGUGACGUCACCCCAGAAGUGCCCACCCUCUUCUCGUCUUCCCGGCCACCGCCGGACAACGGCAUCUUCCGCGAGUUCAUCUGGGACCGGCUGAAGGAGGCCGACGUGGACCCGUCAGCGCCGCCCUACGACUCACUGCAGACGUACGCCUUCGAGGGAAGCGGCUCAGCCGCAGAGUCCCUCAGCUCGCUGGAUUCGCUGAGCAUAGACUCAGAGCAGAACUACGACUACCUUAGCGACUGGGGGCCACGCUUCAAGAAACUGGCAGACCUCUAUGGCCACAGCAACGGAGGCAACCUCUUCGCCUCUUAGCCCUCGGUCGAGCCCCGCCGAACCAUCAGCGUGGACAACAGAACAAACAAGUGAAGGAAACGGAAGGAUAUGAAUAAGGAUACAAGAAAGGAAAUUUUAGAUGACGAUAGGAUGAUGCUGUACUCUGAGAGGACAUUUGAUUGGUGUGUAUAAAUGCAUCAAUGUGGGCUGAGAAUAAACUGUAGGAUGGUGGAUUACCAUUCAAAAUGUUUUUUUUGGGCACUCUGCACACUGGCUGGAUUUUUCAAACAAAGACAUUUUGGAGAUUUUGUUAGUAAAUGUUUUAACAUGAUGGAAAUGAUGCAAAGCUUAAACCGUUGGGACGGUCUCCAGACCCGUUGGAAGAACCUCAACGCACAAAUGUCCAGACUUUCUCAUGUCACAAUGAUGUUCAAACGGGACGAGAAUUGAACCGAUAUCUAUGCUUCAGUGGUGUUACAACAGUGACAUUUCAAGUACAACAUCUUGUCAUGGUGAAAUGAACAGCCUGACCUCUUCAACUGGCCCUGUAGUCUGUCCCAGGGUUCACUAUGAUCUGUAACAUUUGUUUCAAACUGAUAUUUAGAGGUUCACAGCUUUGCUGUAAAACCUAUUGUUAUUCUUAGAUUAUAAUGUUUUCCUUGACAUGGUAAAAUAACUCAAGCAUAGAUUGAUAACUUUUGUUCGAAUUUGGCACACAGAAACUAGAGGCCAUGAGUAACUUGGUCUAAAAGAAUGGUACUGAUUGACCUAUAGGUAGCGCUGUUAUACACAGUCUCACUUAAACCCUCAUAUCUGCCGCCCAGUUUGACCUACAGACUUUAAACUUUGUAUGUAGGUGUCUUUCCUCAUGCUGAACAAAUUUACCUCAAGGACCCAUAAGGCCAGCCAGGAUACAUUUUCCUUAAUCUUGGACAUUUUGGAAAACCUUUGAAAAACGUAUACUCACGAUAAAAAUAACAUAAAUAAGGGAUUGGUUAACAGAUGGCUGAGUAAUUAUUAAAUCUAGAAAUCUGAUUUACGUGUCCAUUUAAAUCCUUUCAAUGUGUAACUUCUUAAGGUCAUCAAAGACAUUACCAUGAUGAACCAUGUUAAGUUUGGCAUUGAUAUCGUAAAGGCCAAAUGUAGCUGUUUUUAUAUCAAUAUCAAAGAAUUUCUUGUUAACAAUUAAAUACCUUACUGUAAUAGUUUUCCAUUGAAAUGACCAACAAUAGCUUUUUAGCAAAUAACUAUUUCUCAAGCAAGAAGGAUUUUCUGGGAGUGGUGUAAGUGGGGAUGGGAAAACUCAAAACUAGCUGUUAUUGGCAGAGAGGUUUGGAACUCUUUGUUAUUGGUUUAUUAACCAAUUUACCGCCUGGUGAUAUCACCAGGAGGUAAAUUGAACUCCCACCCAUGCAAACCUGCUGAUUAGAACGUUCAGUGUAGAUUGUAUUUUCAAAAGAUGGCAGAGUUAUUGACAAAUAAAAAAUUGGAUUUAACAAAAAAUUUUUUACUGCAAAUAUAUUCCACAGUGGCCUAUCAACGUGAAACUAUUAUUGACAUCCCUAAAAUGAACCACACUGAAUUAUUAUUACCAACUCAUUCUUUUCAUAUGUAACACUAAUGCUCAAAACCACAUUCUCCUCAUAAAACCAUACGUAACUUUCACUCCAUAUUUUGAUUGCUCUUAAAGGAAGAUAGUUCCUACAUGAUAGAGUGCUUUGUUAUUCAAUUGAUCUUCUGUCCUUUGUCAUCCUGUGAACCCUGUUCAUUGCUGCUGGCAGGCAGUUAUAUUUAUGGAACAGAUUCACAAAACAGGAUAACUCCUUAUGGAUUUUACAGCAGGUUUUCAUCAAUGGUGGAUUUGAUCAAUUCAGGCUUACUCUGGUCCAUAUUCAGUAGGGCUCACCGUAGCAACGUUUUUUGAAACAGAAAACAGAAAUGGGUGUUUCUUAUUCAACCGGUAAUCCAGUAGUCUCUGUCCCUUUUCUUCCAUUUGGUGCCUAACGAACACGGUCAUGAUCUACAAUCCUAUAACGGUAUCUAGACACCUGUCCGAUUUUUGUCCGCUCUCACGCUCAAGUUCCGAAUGAACAUGCUUAGAUUGGCACAAUGCCUCUGAAGUUCCGAAUGAACAUGCUUAGAUUGGCACAAUGCCUCUGAAGUUCCGAAUGAACAUGCUUAGAGUGUCACAAUGCCUCUGAAGUUCCGAAUGAACAUGCUUAGAUUGGCACAAUGCCUCUGAAGUUCUGAAUGAACAUGCUUAGAUUGGCACAAUGCCUCUGAAGUUCUGAAUGAACAUGCUUAGAUUGGCACAAUGCCUCUGAAGUUCCGAAUGAACAUGCUUAGAUUGGCACAAUGCCUCUGAAGUUCCGAAUGAACAUGCUUAGAUUGGCACAAUGCCUCUGAAGUUCCGAAUGAACAUGCUUAGAUUGGCACAAUGCCUCUGAAGUUCUGAAUGAACAUGCUUAGAUUGGCACAAUGCCUCUGAAGUUCCGAAUGAACAUGCUUAGAUUGGCACAAUGCCUCUGAAGUUCCGAAUGAACAUGCUUAGAGUGUCACAAUGCCUCUGAACGAUGUAGCAGGGAGGGUGAGAUAAGGCAAAGAGACUGGGGUUGGGGGGGUAGCGAUGAGGAAAACACUAUAAUGUCAGAGCAUGGAAACCUUGUAAACAUCUGCAGUGAAUGCACCGUAUGGGUAAGUUCAAAAUGUAAAGCUGUUGUGAUUGUUUUAUCUAUCCUAUGAGGUGUUCUAGCAACCAUGAUGGUUAAAAUUGUUUUCAGUAGUUUUUUUUUUUUCAUGGAAACAUAGCUGUAACAGCUUUGGAAAAUACAGUUAGUGUUGGAAAAGAUUUACAGCAAAGCUGUGGGCACUUGUAAAAAUACCAAGCCAAGGAGAAUGUCAACUGUUAUUUUGCAUGCAGUGAGUAGAAAUGGAACUGUAGGAAAUCCAGGAUGGAAAAGCAAGUAAAAAACAGCAGGGAGACAAAACAAAUCUAGUUUUUGGUUAAGAGCUCUGAUGUGGCCUUAUACAUUUGAUGCUCAUUAGUUGGAGAAAACAUUACACCAUAAAUGGAACCAACACAGUUCUGCAUAUCCUUUUUCACACUAUCGUGCUGACCCAAACCGUACAAUGUUGGCAAUAUAUUUUUCUCAUUGUCCCAUUUCAACAGUUUCAUCAACUAUAGUGGAUGUGUAACACACCACCCCCAUGCAUAUAGUUCAAUAGUACAGUAAAAUGUUACUUAAAUCCAACAGGUAUAAUGAAGUACAAUGCAGUCCAAAUGCAUUUAUCGAGAGCAACAGCAUAAGCACCUGCUAAAACCCCCCUUAUAAUAUCUUCAGUUUCAGCUCAUAACGAUCUUGAUUUAUUAUCAGCUAUUUUGAGGCUGUUGAAAAAAUGUAUGCCUACAAAUAUCUAAAGUUGAUUAUAAACGUAUAAUAUAUGUUUUAUUAUAUUAUUCUUUACUAUAAUAAAUCGUUAAACUGUUGGCUUGAAGUGUUACCAGAAAUGAGGAAGACAUGUGCCUAUACUUCUUUAAACAGCCAUCCACAGUACAGUAUUUGAGUUACAUAAAAACAAUAAAACCUUUAAUAGGAUUCUUUUCAGUUAGAAAAACACAUUUAAUGAAUACCUUUGGGUUUUCAAUGAAUGCAUUUUAGCUAAUCUCUACCACAACUGAUAAUUAAGUAAUUCUGCUUCCAAAGUGAUGAUAAUGAAGAUUGAGGUUAUUUUCUUUAGUAAUGGUUGUCAUCGUUAAGGAAACAUAAUUAUUUGUUAACUGCCUUGCUAAAUGGAAUUUUAAAGAGAUAUCGAAAUCUCGUCAGGCCUGGCUCAAAGUUCUAAUAAAUAUACUGUUUAAUUAAGCAGAUUGCCAGAGAUCAUCUGUACUUGGAUGAGACCGAAAGGGAGAGACUUUGCUUUACCACAAAAAUGAGUGUAUACAAAAAGAUAUAUACACAAAUUAAAACUAUCGUCAAUAAUAUUAUGAGUUUGUUCUAUAUUUCUUUGGUAUAGAAAGUUGGAUUUUAUCCAUGAAGCAUUUCAUUUGCACCCAUUCUUAGUUGUUGUUCUUGUUAUGGUAUUAGAAUACUGCAAACCCUUAGGUUAUAGUGGAGACUUAAGGUGUGGAUGUCUUCAUGUCAUAUAUCCCACCUGUACAGCUGUAGGUACAUUAUUACUUGUGAGGGACGUACUAAAUUACUAGAAACAGAAAUAGCCCCGUUUCAGACACUGAUUUGAUGCAUAAUCACUUUUUCUGAAUGGCAGCAAAUACUGUAACGGUGGGUCCUGACAGUACCUUUACGGUCUUUCAAAAAAGUCAAAAAUGUCAGCUUGUCCCACAUGAUAAUUGAUGCCACGAAAUAUUGAUGUCAUAAUUCUUUUUUUUUUAAAGAACUUAAGCAUUUAGGAGUACCUGCACGUCUCGUUUAUUGGCUUAUUUUUUUUUUUCUAUUUUAUAUUAUGUAAACAACUUUGUGAUUAUUUGGUUGAUGUUUUUCUUUUUUUUUCCUUUUUUACGAAAGCAUUGUAUGUACGCACGGCUUGUUUUCACUCUGAUCUGAGGAAUAUGACACCCGGUGAAUAUCAAAGUGGCCUUGCCUGUUAGGAAAAGAGAAAAUGGACAACUGGUGUCAAGUGACUGAUAAGGUGUUCACAUGAGGGUAUCCUCGGUCUCAGCGUAGACUGACGACAUUCUGAACCCCAACACAACUCAACACUACUCAGCAGACAAUCACUGCUCUGUUCCCCCCCCCCCAGCCCAGCCAGUCUUGUGUAUUUGUGCAUAGAGAGAGGAAACUGAAACUCACAUUUUUUUUGUAAAGGAAAUGUAAAGGAAAUGCCGACAAUGGCUCUUGACUGUAAGUCACCCGUUCAACUUUCAAUAAAGUCAUAAAUAUUGUUUCA